GAAGAGAAUACUCAAAUUUUGACAAGAGACAGAAUGGAAUGAAAAUUGGAUCAGUCCGCAUGGAUUUCAAUAAAAAUGGGUCUUCUCCUAUAAUUACUUUAGGAACGAGAUUCCAAAUGAAACUAUUAAAUUUGUCUCGGAUGUUUUUUCGGGAUUGGAUAUUGUUGGGAACGGAUUGGAAUUCUCGUGGCUCGGUGCACACCCUAGUAAUUAUACCGCCUGAUUCAGAACCCGACCCGGCUGGUAAUUAGGAAGGCCGAACUCUGAGCUAAUCAGUUAUUCUCAAUGAGCGGUAAAGAAGAAAAAAUUCUGUUCCGUUGCCAAAUCCCGUUGUAUCUUUUUGUCCUUUGCCUUCCCCAACAAGUUGUUUGUGCUUCUUUCUCCCUCCCUCUCCUUUCCUUUUAUUUCCUUCCUCCUCUACUAUAUGUAAAACGCAGCCCUAAAUGCCGAUAAAGCGGAAGAGAGCUCACGUUCCAGUUCCAGAAACAGAAAUGGGGAUUGGCAAUUCUACGGGGAAGCCUGUUCUCGACUUUAGUGAAGACUCUAAAUGCCGAUCAAGCGGAAGAGCGCUUUUAGUCUCCAAAUGGAAGAAGCAGUAAAUGCCUUUCUCUCCCUUCUCCCUUCUUCUAUUUCGCAUUCUCCGCCUAAGAGCCCUUACGUCGACAUUUCUUUCUCCGAGAACGAUGCCGGUUUGACUACAUGGCUUUACUCUUAGAAGACAUUGAGAGGUGGAAUCAAGAGCAUAGGGAUCGUGAAACAUGCGACGUUUUGAUGAGAGAAAUGAGAGAAGAUCUUGACCGUCGGAUUCACGAUCAGAAACUGGCUAGUGAAAUUUUGAGACUACCUGAUGAUACUGAAUGGGAAAGGAUGGUGUUACCUAUCACAACCCGUAUGUAGCCGAAAGUUGUUCUUCGUCUUCUUCGUUGACCAGUGACUUCGGGCUAGUGAAUAUUGAGAGCUUUAAAAUGUACUGUAAGGGACUGGAGAGUGAAGAGAUGAUCAAGGAAAAUAAGGUUAUUGAGUGGGGUGGCCAUUUGUGAUUCGAGGGAUAAUGUUAUUUUUGAGCUGAGUAAGGGUUUGGGGACUGAUCGUAAAAGGAAAGGUAAGAUUGGUGAUGAGGCGGUGGAAUUGGAAGCUUUGGUUAGAGGGUUAAAUGCUGCUUUGGAAUUGGUUAAAGAAAGUUACUUCCUUUUGUGAUGGCUUUAUGGUCUACAACCAUGUGAAUGUAACAGGAAGAAUUCUACCAUUUCAAGAUAGGCUUUCAACCCUCGUCAAUCAGUUGUUUCUGAUUCAAAAGAAAUUUACAGAAUGUAGGCCAAACCUGGUGGCACGUAAGGAAGUGAAGUUUGUACUUAAACUGGCAAGAGAUGCUAUGAUUUCCAGAUAACGUGAUCUGCAGAAGCUGGCAAAGGUUAAAAGAGUCUGAAGGAAACUUGCGUAAUUUGCUUUGAGGAUAGAGAUGUGGGUCAAAUGUUUCAAGUUUCCAGGUGUUGCAUAGAUAUUGCUUUUCUUGUAUGAAACAGCAUGUAGAAGUGAAGCUACUUAAUGGGACGGGGGCUAAGUGUCCUCAUGAAGGCUGUAAAUCUGAAUUGAGUAUUGGAAGUUGUGGAAAAUUCUUGGAUCCAAAGUUAGUUGAAAUCAUGAGCCAGAAGAAAAAAGAAGCUUCUAUCGCUGUCACGGACAAGGCUUAUUGUCCAUAUUUGAAAUGCUCGGCACUGAUGUCAAAACGUGAAGUCCUCGAGUAUACUAAUGAUUUCUUCGUUGGUGCUGAACAAUCUGGAGCUAGGAAAUGUAUGAAAUGCCAUCACUUUUUCUGCAUCAACUGCAAGGCCUCUUGGCACUAUAAUCAGACUUGCUAUGGUUAUAAAAGAUAUAACCCUAAGGCCCGUGCAGAAGAUGCGAUGCUUGACACCCUUGCAAAAGAGAAUCGAUGUCGCCAAUGUGUGAAGUGUAGUCAUAUGGUUGAACUUGCUUCUGGUUGCUAUCACAUCACUUGCAGAUGUGGAUAUGAAUUCUGUUAUACUUGUGGAGCUUCAUGCGAGAACAAGAAACCAACUUGUACCUGUCCAAUCUGGGAUGAGCUGAAUAUUAUAGGCAAUGUUUAACAUGACUAUAACUAGGAUUUAGUUUAUAGCUUGCUCCUCUUUGAUCCUGAAAAAGAAACAUGGAGAACUUCUUGCAUGUGUUUCAAAAAGACUGAGCAAGAUCAAAGUAUCAUACAAAUACAAACAGGUUUCACUGUGUGUUAGCCUUUGGCUUUUUGUAUAGUUUCAAUAUAUAGCCUUUUGCUUUGGA